AUGCAAGGAAUUAUUCGCGUCCUUAAGACUGAUUUUUCAGAAUUACAGAUCAAGAAAUACCACAGCAAGUCUAAUCCAGUGAAAAAGGCUUAUGACUUCAGCAAUGUAGAAGAAUCAUGGAAAGAUGUAGACCUAGUUGCUUAUACUAGCACUCUAAAAAUAGGA